CUCAAGUUUUUAUCAAAAUAUCACAAAAAUGUUCCGUAACACAUUUCAAAAAGGAUUCCUAUCAAUUUUCUACAGCAUUGGAAGUAAGCCAUUAUUAAUAUGGGAUACAAAAGUAUCGCAUGGACACAUCAAGAGAAUAACUGACGAAGAUUCAAAAUCAUUAGCUUUAGACAUUCGGGGAGUAAAUGUGAUAAAUUGCUACAUUACAGCACCAGCCGAUCCAUGCACAUGUCUAGGAAUCAAGCUUCCAUUUAUGACAAUCAUUGUGAAAAAUUUAAAGAAGCAAUUUUCAUUUGAGGUACAAAUUUUGGAUGAUCGAAAUCAGCUCCGACGCUUUAGAUUCUCAAAUUAUCAGAAAAAGACAAGAGUCUCAAAUUUUACAACAAACAUGCCGCUAGCACUGAAUUGUGGGUGGAAUCAAAUACAAAUGAAUCUUGUCGAUUUCACACGACGUGCUUAUGGAACAAAUUAUAUGGAAACAGUUCGCAUAACCAUUCAUGCCAAUUGCCGUUUAAGGAAUAUUUAUUUCUCAGAUCGUUUGUACACUGAUGAUGAGAAGCCUGUUGCCUUUAAAUUUAUGGGCAAAGACGACGAGAAGAAAAAGGAGAAAGAGGCAUUGAAGAAAAUUCUCAAGGAACCAAAGAAAUCUGUUGUUGCAAUUGAAACUGUUCGACCUUCCUCACCAGUUUCUCAUAUCACAGAAACGGCAGUCGUUAAUGAAGCAUAAAUUGUAUUUUUGGUUUUGGAUAUAAUAAAAGAAGGA